UUUAAAAGCAAAACAGAAGCGUGGAGAUCUACUUGUGUGUGAACCUGAGGGAGGAAUUCAUGGCUAUUUUCUCAUUUUUAAGCCCGUUUUUUCUUGCUGUAGUAUGUGUGCUAAUAAUUAUCAUUUUGCAAAGUAUGAAGAAAACAGAUGCGAAAAAAGGAAAAGGUGAAAACACAGCCAGAGCAGAAUCCCGUCCCUGGGUGGAUGAAGAUCUAAAAGACAGCACGGAGCUCCUAGCGGAGGAUGAAGAGAAAGAUGAAUGGCAAGAUACGGAUGAAGAAAAUCUCACACAUGUUCCCUUUAGCCCAAGACGUUACUCUGAGCAAGAAAUGUUGAAAAGAUCAAAGGAAUUUUAUGAAUUGCUCAACCAAAGAAGAUCUGUAAGGUUUAUCAGUGAUGAAGCCAUUCCAAGAGAAGUCAUCGACAAUAUCAUCCGGGCAGCAGGGACAUCCCCUAGUGGAGCUCAUACUGAGCCAUGGACGUUUGUGGUUGUUGAGAAUCCAGAAGUGAAGCAUAAGAUUAGAGAAAUUAUUGAAGAGGAGGAAGAGAUAAACUACCAAAAAAGAAUGGGGGACAAAUGGGUGAAUGAUCUGAAAAAAUUAAAAACCGACUGGGUUAAGGAAUAUUUAGACACCGCACCUUACUUAAUCUUGAUCUUCAAGCAAGUAUAUGGAAUUAUUUCUAACAACAGAAAGAAGACGCAUUAUUAUAAUGAGAUCAGCGUGUCAAUCGCAUGUGGAAUUCUCCUGGCCGCUAUUCAGAAUGCAGGUUUGGUGACAGUAACCACAACUCCUCUCAAUUGUGGCCCUCGGCUUAGAUUACUGCUUGAACGACCAGUCAAUGAAAAAUUACUCAUGUUGCUUCCUGUGGGUUAUGCAAGCAAAGAUGCCACUGUACCAGACUUGCAAAGAAAGCCAUUGGAAGACGUCAUGGUGGUUGUUUAAAAACAGUACAUCUUCAUGUCAUCUACAAUGUUCAUUAAAUCGACAUUAUACUA